AUGUCACCUCUCUCUCUGUCACUCCCCCUCCCAGGCCAUCCCUGGCUUUCUCCAGCUGUGAACAGCUCUGUGGGGCAGGAGCCCCAGAAGCAGCUCCCAGAGGUGCUGAGCGGAGCCUGGGGAAGCCCUCAAGGGGAUGGGCUCCCUCUGCUCACCAUCAUCGUCACCAUCUUUGUCCUGCUGGCGGUCGGAAUUGUGGUGGCAGUUCAUUAUGGACCAAGACUGCGUCAAGGCCAUGCCUCUCUCCUUAAGGAACCACCAGCCUCCAAACCAGAGGGCGGCAUCUACCUCACCCACUGGCAGCCGCUGGGGUCCGCAGACUGUCGUGAAGAAGCCCAACAGAGAACUCCUGCCCCUGUCCCCGCCCCUGCACCAGAUGGACCCAGGCUCAGCAUGGAUGAGAUCACGUACCUAUAGGAAGGAGACGUUGAAAAGUUGCUGUAACCUGGUCCUGAAUAAGGAACUGGACAGAGAAUUAGGGCAGAGGCAAACUGGGACUUGGACAGCAGGGCUUCAGAGGGGCCCCGGUGGACUUGGCUGGAGUUGCCCCCUCAGCAUGAUAUUUGGAGAAAGAGCCCUUGUGUGAGAGGAGAGAAGAAGCCUGAGACUGCCCCAAAACCCACUGCUGUGCACC